AUUAGCCCAUCUACCUUAAUGUUCCCUCCUAUUUUCUUUUUGAAUUGGCAAAUCUCCCUCCAUCUGUUCCUCUUGCGUCUCUGCUUCUUCCUCCCUUGAACAAACACCUCGGACCUCAUUCAACCUUUAGUUCACAGAUUUUUUAGGGUUUUGAAGUUUCAUCAAUGGAUAAAACAAGUGAUGAAGAACUAAUUAGGUUGAAGAUAGAGAAUCUCGCCAAAUCGAUGGAGCAGCUUGGAGUUAGUGCCUCUGGAAUACUGCUCCGCGCUACCCAGCUGAAAGGUAUACAGAAGCAUAACGAGAUGGUUGAAGCCGAAAUCAAGAAUAGAUCCAAAGAGCUAGAGUUAAAGGAGAAGGAGCUCCAGACUCUGAGCUCAGACCUUGAACAAAAGGUUGAAGCUUUCGAGAAGGAGAGGUCUGAAGCUGGUGACUUGAAGAAGCUGGUGGAAGAGUGUGGGGAAGAGCUGAGGUUGAAGAGAAACGAGCUGACGGGGAAGCUGGACACGUCGUCAAGGAUUCAGAGGGAGAUCGAGGUGAAGAAGAACCAGUGGCGGCAGCAUUCGGCUGAGAUUGGGAGGCUUUGCAGCGAGACGGUUAAAAAGAAGAAGGAGUUGGUGCUGACUCUUGAGCAGGUUAAGAUGAAGUCACUGGAGUUAGCUUCUAGAGAGAAGGGCUUGGGACGCGUGAGAGAGUCUAUUGAGGUUUCUAGUUCUGAGUUUGAGGUGAAAAAGAAGAUGGUGCAGUCAUUGAACAAUGAUAUUGAAGAGUCAAGGGAGAUCAAAAGACUGAUUGAGGAACAAACCAGCGAGCUUCUUGUCAUGCAAAACCAGCAUGAUUUAUUCCUUGAGAAGAGACGCGAGGAGAUCCUGGAGACUGUUUGCAGAAGCUCUUCUGAGAUGGAAGAAAGAGCUAAAGAGGUUAAAGAUAAAGAGAAGGACCUGUAUCUGCUUAAGAGUCAGAUGGGGUCAGAGGAAAAGAAACUCAUUCAGCUAAAGAGAGAGAUGGAAGUGGUGACAGAAAUAAAGAAGAAAGACUUGGAGUUGACUCUUUCUAGGAUUGAAGAAUCUGUCCAGCAGCUUGCGGCUGUGAAUGAGAAGCUGGAGUCUCAGCGGAGACAGCUCGAGAUGCAGUCAGUUGAGCAAGUUUCUAAACAGAUGGAGUUGGAAACUCUUCGAGAAUCAAGCAAGCGCUUCGUAUGCGACCUUGAGGCGAAAGAAAAGAGGUUAGAAGAGUUGAACAAUCUGAUAAAGAUCUCUGGUGAACAGUUUGACCUGAAAUCCAAAGAGUUGGGGGAGAUUGAAAGAGAGCUCAAGUUCAAGAAACGCUUGAGACAGAUGAGCAAUGUGCUUGUUAAGCGAGAGAAGCAACCUGUAAGUGACAUCAGCCAACGAAAUGCAGAAGAAGAAACUGAACCGAUAGAGACUCUCAUGCUUGAUGGAAUCUCAGCUUCUCUUACGCGCCAUGAAGUCUCCAGCGUUCUUAGAGCUACACCUAAUCCAGCAGAGUUUGUUCUGGAACUAGUGCAGGAUGAAAUCAGAAAAGGACUGGAACGAGCGAAGGAUGAAAUCAGAGAAGGAUCACGUUUUCAGGACACGUUCUUGGAGACUUUGGUUCUUCUUUUCGAGGAGCUCGCCAAGAUUCAACUACCGGAUAAGUCUCAGCUGCAGCUCCAAGCCACAGAAGUGGCAACGCUAUGGAAAGAGAGGAUAACUAUCGAAGCUCCAAAAUCAACUCUCGAGGCCUUGGCCUUUCUCCUUUUCAUCAUUGCAUAUGGAUUAAAGACACUGAUCAAUGAAGAAGAAACUGCUUUGCUUGCUUCUCUCUGUUGCUCAGUACGAACAGGCUCCAAUACUCUUUGGAGAUCUGAAUCUCAACCCUAUGAUCCGAGAGUUUGUUGAAGAGCUGAUCAAGAAAAGUUUAUAUAUUCCUGCAGUCAGGCUUAUAUGUUUGUUUAAACUGGACAAAGAAGAAUCCUUCUCACCUUCAGAGCUCUUGAAGAAAGAGAUCAUCAGUUUCAGACGUUCUGCCCUG